AUGACUUCUACUAUGUCACAUAACCCUAACCCUACCAAGGUCGGCGACAAGCCCGCCGACCCUUACACGGCCAAGGUCCACCAGAACGAUGUGCCGCUCAAAGUCAAGAUGGACAGCCUCCUCAACUUCAUCCACAAGUGCAAGCACGGCAUGCUCACCACGAGGGAUUCCAACACCGGGCUCCUCGCCUCUCGAUGCAUGCAGCUGUCCGCCACUGAAUCCAACGGCACCGAUCUGCUCUUCUACACAAACACCGCCUCACACAAGGUCGAAGAACUCUCCGUCGACCCCCACGUCAACGUCUCCUUCGUCAAUACUGCCGGCGACUGGGCCUCCAUCGCCGGUUCUGCCUCCAUCAUCAAGGACCGCGCCAUGAUUGAACGCUACUAUAACCCCGUGCUGAAGACCUGGCUCGGCGAUCUCGGCGACGGCAAGCACGACGGCUCCGCUUCCGAUCCUCGUCUGGGCAUGAUUCGCGUCAAGAUGGAUACGGCCACGUGUUCGCUGUCGGAUGGGGGUCUGUUUACUCGGGCGGCUGAGGCGGUUCAUGGGGUGAUGGGCCAGCCUGGCCAUAUGACGAAGUUGAGGGAGAUUACGGCGGAAGAGGUGAACCAGUGGAGGUCGGGCGGUAGUGCUACUGCUACUGCGUCGUCCUAA